AAAGGGUAAAGAGUGCAAGGGGACUGAAUGAGUUUGCAGCAGCCAUAAUACACGAUUAUACAUUAUCCGGUGGAGAGUGAAGACAAACAGUAGAAAAAGAUGCUGUGGAAAGGGAGAGACGGCGAGACCAAAGGCAGCCAUGAAAUGGUCUUCUAAAGCAGAGUUCCAAGGAUUUCUGAGCUCUCUCUCGGCUAGCUGUCUGUUCUCCACUUCACCUUCAGACCCUUUUGCUUGGGAUGGACAGGGAGGCAGCUCCUCCCACUCCUCUUUCUCCUCCUCCUCUUCCAACCGAGCUGCUCUCUAAAUUCAUGGAUGAAUGAAGAGGAGAGAAACUGACCGGGCUGGCUUAGUCCUUCAUGGCUACAGCCCUGCAUGUAACUCAAACAGGAGCACGCCCGCUUGCUCGCCCAUCCUACACAAACGCCCUCGCUCACCGCUGCCCCUGCAGAGCCCGGAGGGAGGGGCCAUGGUGGAGAAGGGCUGUGACCACUCGGACAAGUCUCCCCCUCCAGAGCCCCUGGGGCAGCGCACGUAUAGCCACUCGGUCCACGGCAACGCCACGCGAACCGGGGGCAAGAACUCCAAGUCUCACAAACGACUUUCCAAAAAAAGCCAGAGCUGGUACAACGUUCUGAGCCCCACAUACAAACAGCGCAACGAGGACUUCAGGAAGCUCUUCAAACCUCUCCCGGAUACAGAGCGCCUCAUCGUGGACUAUUCCUGCGCGCUGCAGCGCGACAUCCUUCUGCAGGGUCGCCUCUACCUGUCUGAGAACUGGAUCUGUUUCUAUAGCAACAUCUUCCGCUGGGAAACGCUGCUGACAGUGAGGUUAAAGGACAUCUGCUCCAUGACUAAAGAGAAGACAGCACGCCUCAUUCCCAAUGCCAUCCAGCUGUGCACUGACAAUGAAAAGCAUUUUUUCACCUCCUUUGGGGCGAGGGACCGAACUUACAUGAUGAUGUUUAGACUGUGGCAAAAUGCUUUGCUAGAAAAGCCCUUGUGUCCCAAAGAACUAUGGCACUUUGUCCACCAGUGUUACGGCAGUGAGCUGGGCCUCACCAGCGAUGACGAGGACUACGUCCCCCCGGACGACGACUUCAACACCAUGGGGUACUGUGAGGAGCUGCCGGCAGAGGACAGCGAGGCCAGCGACCCCACCCGGCCAGAGGCCAAGCCUGAGCUCAGCCCCCUGGCCCUACCCCUGCUGGACCCUCUGGCCAUCCCCCCCCUGGACUCCCUGGCCUGUCUGGUCAGCCCAGACAUAGCCCUCCCUUACGACUUGCUCCCAUUGGACAAUUUUUCCCCCUGUCUUGCCGAUGGUGAACUCCUGACCCUUCCGUUGCUGGGCAACAUGAACAGUGGUCUGAGAAGCCGACCACCCUCCCCUUCGCUGGACUUCAAUGAUAACGAGGACCUGCCCACCGAGCUCAGUGACUCCUCCGACACACACGAUGAAGGGGAAGUGCAAGCGUUCCACGAGGACCUCAACGGCCGUCAGUACAUAAACGAGGUCUACAAGUUCAGCGUAGACAAGAUGUACGACAUCCUUUUCACAGAGUCCCGCUUCAUGAAGGACUUCCUUGACCAGCGCAGGUUCUCAGACGUAGUCUAUCACCCCUGGAAGAAGGAAGCGGCAGGCAACCAGACUAGAGACAUCAUGUACACCAUCUCUCUCACCAACCCUCUGGCCCCAAAGUCUGCCACCGUCACUGAGACCCAAACUCUGUUCAAGGCCAGCCAGGAGAGCGAGUGCUACAUAAUUGAUGCAGAAGUGAUCGCUCACGACGUCCCCUACCAUGACUACUUCUACACCCUCAACCGCUACAUGCUCACCAGGGUGGCCAAGAACAAGUGUCGACUCAGGGUGUCCACUGAGCUGCGCUACAGGAAGCAGCCAUGGGGCCUGGUGAAAGGCUUCAUCGAGAGGAACUCCUGGAGUGGUCUGGACGAGUACUUCAGACACCUCGAGGUGGAGCUGGGUAAAGUGGAGGUGGUUCUAACAGAGCCACACAGACUGUCCCCGAAGGCAGUGAGGAGGAGGAAGAGAGCGCUGGUGCGGCCCCCCCAGAUGGACCAGGCUCUAGGCGCCCUGACAACCCCCGAGGACGACAAGGAAGUCAUCCACUUCAUCAAGCGUGUGGCAGGUUCCACUCAGACCAGACACAUACCAGACCACGUCCCAGGAGGCCUGGCACUCUACAACGUCUCCAAGCUGCUACUCCUCAUCAGCCUGGUCCUAGUGCUGCUGGUGUUUCUGAACAUGAUGCUGUUCUACAAGCUAUGGAUGCUGGAGUACACAACACAGAGUCUGACUUCCUGGCAAGACCUCCGUCCUCAAGAAAGUAAACUGCCCCAGACUCAGCAGGAGCUGGCAAAGCUCUUAGAGACACAGCAGCGUUACCAUGACAAUGAACUGCAGAAAUGGAAAGAGAUCAUCAAGACUUCUGUCAUCCUGCUGGAUGAGAUGAAGAGCUCGUUACUGAACCUGCAGAAGGGCAUCGGCUCAAGGGACUAUCAUUCAGAAUCAUCAGAGAAGAGGACACAAUAUCACUGACAAACAAUACUAAGGCAAAAUGGACAUUAUGUGCAAUACACAACCAUUUCUGGUGGCCCACAACCUCUAGGAAUUCAAAACGAACUUGGUUGAGGAGCGUCUGUCGACUGCAGUGUGGUCUUGUGGAAAAUCCCAAUCCCGUUUCUCUGUUUUCAAAGAAUGUUGUAAUGUUAAACCUUGUUUGUUGUUGCCACUGAUGGAAUAUACUCACAUUGAAAAAAGCAUGCAAUUUUUUACAAAUUCUACAAACGUGUCAGCAGAGGUGUUGAACAUCAGCCUAUUUUGUCUCAGACUUGGUAAAGUUGAAAACACUUGAAGUAUCCGUUUUCCACUCCAGCAUUGGAAUCUGGGAGCAGGUUUCAGCCACAGCAGAACCACAAUCCGCUUCCUCUCCAGAAGCAGCCAAUGUGUUGUCCACCUAACCCUAACCCUAACUGACAGAUGCCCCAACUCUGAGAAGAGAGCACCUUUUAGCCCUGAUGAUAUUACUGUUAACAAUUACAACAGGGUUCUGCAGACGAGCAGCAGAUGAGAAUUAUAACAGAUCUGCAGCAGAUAUGGAUGCAUAUAAUUACAUGUAUAAUAUUUCAUAUAUUAUUUUUAAUUUUGUCCAAUGUGGCCAGGGCUUAUUUAUAAUAUGCUUCCGUGGAAUGUCAGGGCUGGUUUCCCUGAGAGCUUGUGUUGCCAUGCAUUUUUGAAGGCUUAAAUAUUCUCUACUUGUAGAGUUGCUCUGUAGAGUUGCUCUUGUAGAGUUUUACUAUGCUCUGUCCUGUUUUACUGACUCGUUGGAGAAACUAGCUUGGCUGUUAACAUUAAGACAAUGUAUGGGACAAUUUAUUAGCUUCAGAAAGUAUAGAUGUUGUUAGUGUUCUAAUGUCUAAUGUUUAUCCAACAUUAUGCAUGACAAAUUGUUAAAAUCUUAACUGCAGCAAAACAUUCUUCUUUCAAUCCUUCUUUCAAUGUUGUUGCUUUAACCUGUGAUCAGGUUAUAAAAUGGACAGUGGUUUCUCUGUGUCAAUGUAUGUCAUGUUUUAUCUAAAAUGUUAUUUAUCUGGAUAAUAUUCUCUCCACACCUGUGGGUCGCUUAGUGUUGUAUGCCAAGUGAGGAUGUAAUGGCACUAAAUCCACCCGCCCCAACACACACUUACAAAUGGCUCUUCUGCUCAUUAAGAUAAUAAAUACAUUUUGGAAAAUAGAUCACUGAGGAGACCAGAGCUGUAUACCACAACCUAAAUCAAGCAAUUAAGCUGUAAAGAAUUGGAAAGACCAAGCUGUGAAAUCCUUGUCCCUGCUUGAAGUUAGUAAUGUGUUAAGUAUUUAGAGGUAUUUAUUUAUGCUUCCUUAUUUAUGUACAGUGAAAGACUGAAAUGUAACGCUAAGGAAUCGUCAUUGUCCAAAGACGUUUAUGAACUUCAUAGUUCUGUGACUGUCACCAGUGUCUCUUCUGGUUUCAGUGCCCAAGAAUGUUAACUGAUCUGAUGGUCCUCUCCACCUGUCCAUGUACUGUGUUGACAGUAAUGCAAUUACACUUAUGAGGAUGCAUGAGUGCUUGUCGAAAGAUCAUGGAUACUCAAACCAAUGUGUUUUUGAGUUCAUUAUCUACUGUGUGUAGAAAGACAUUCCCAUAGUGAACAUUUGGACCCACAAGUAUACUUUGCGGCGAUGUGACAGAGCACAUAAGAUACUUCCACAUGAAGUAGCACUUAAAAGUAUACAGAUCAUUUGAUGGUGAAUUAGGAGGAUUCAAAUGCAAAUAUGACAUUUUUACCUUGAAAUCUUACAAAUGUAUUCUCCUUUCAAAAUUUCACUAUUGAUGAAGUAAGCUCAGAAAGUAUUCAGACUCCUUUCCAUUUUCCACAGUUUGAAACAUUAUAGCCUUCCUCAAAAAAAGAUUUAGUUCAUAUUUGUUCUCAUCAAUCUACAUAAACCCCAACAAACCCUAACAACAAAGCUGAAUCUUAUCAUCAAAUGAAAAAGAAAUACCACAAUUGUUUCUAGAAAGUAUUCAGAGCCUUCAAAGUAUUCAUAUUAAGUAUUGAUUUUUCUUUGGGAGUGAUUAUGACCUCAUUUAUUUUGCGUAUGACUACAAGUUUGGCUCUGUAUGUAUAUUUUUAAGCUUCAUAUUUUAAUCAGAAAUCCAGUAUGUAUGACUCUAAAUACCCUACACUAUGAAUACAGUAUCCUGUUGUAUAUAGUUUCAGUCUACACAAACUUGAGAAACUAUGGAAGCAAAUCAGUGACAUGUUUUGAAUUUUAAAAGGCAUUGAAUACUUAACAUUGAAAUUUAAACACCACCGAAUUUGUUGGUUUUGAAUUCAGGGAUGCCUUACCGAUCCUUGGUCUCCCGGAUGUUGCAAUCACAUUUUUUUCGGCUCGAAUAAAUUGUCGAAUUUUUGGGAUGUGAAUUUCACCAUUCGAAUUUGAGCAGUCAAUAUUAAGUAUUCAAUCCCUUUUGCUUCCAUAACAAUCCAUACGCUGGUCGUAGAUUGGUAAACAAUUUAAACAAAAAAAAUCUCAAAGGUUUUACAAAAUGUAUGGAGAAGAGUGGUCGUCGUCAUCUGCCGCUUGUCCGGGGGUCGGGAGAACCCGGCCAAGAUGAGAUGUGAGAUGUGUGAUGUGUGAGGUGGAGAAGAUGUGGAUUGAGCAAAUAAAAUAGUUGGAAUUAA